CGCCUUCAUUAAACGUCAAAUUUAUGCAAAACAAAAAGAAAAUGUCGGACUCUGUUGAAUUACAAUAAAAAAAGCGAAUUUCUUUAACAAUUCGGGAGCAUCUGAGUAUCAAGUAAAGACGCAUCAUAGGCCAGAAAUCAAUCAUCUAAACACUGAGAGAGGUCAUGAAAAAAAUUAAUUAAAAACAAAACAAAAAAUCUGUCGUUCUGGCACAUAAUAACAAAUAUUUCCUUGGACGAUUUGUUACAAAAUCAAAUACGUCCAAACCGAAUCGAUAAAGAGCCGAAUUGUCUUUAUCGCAUUACUUACUAGUGUUGUGUGAUAUUUGCUGGUGGUUGUUGAUAAAUUAGUGUUUGUGUUAAAUCGAAAAACAGAGAGAUUUCCAUUCCAUCUCGAAAUGGAUGUGGCUAUUUCUAAGGUGGAACUGGACGUGGAGCGCCAUGUACUUCGCACCAAGGUUGUACUAUCCGACAAAACUGAAGGAGAAGUCUUUUCACGCAGUAAAACCCGCAAUGAAUCGAACAUGUUCAACUACAUCUGUCACCUUUGCGGCGUUAACAACUUACCCGGUGAAAGAUGCUUGCAGACUCAUAUUGCCGGACGAAAGCAUCAAAUGAAAUUGCAGUCGCCAAUCGAUGCGAAAGCCUUUCGGGCGCCCAUCACCCGCAGCAAACCACAAAUUUCCAUGAAUAUAGCACCUGGUGAACCUGUACCACCCGGUUUCGAGAAUGAAGUUAAGCAACAGGCUGAAAUUCAACCAGCACUGGAUCGGAUCAAAGAUGAGGCGUUGGUCGGAUUGGAGUACAUAACCGAAUUGGUUUUGGGCGAGGGAAAGGAAGCGUCGUACCAUUGUGUUUUGUGUGAUAAACGAGGCGAUCCACGAACGAUUUUACAUCACAUAACCAGCUACAAUCAUCGCUUGAAAUAUCUGGAAAAGCAUUUUCCGACGGUAAUUCGCGAAAUAUCUGCAUAUCGUUACAAUAAGGAUGCUCGUGACAUUAUGCCGCGAAUUUUGCAAGGAGUCUGCGAAGCCAUCGAAGACCAAUACGGGCGAUUGACACCAUUCGUUUACGAGUAUAAUUCGUACAUGAGGAAUCGAAUGAAGUGUUUGCAGGAAAUCGUUGCGGAUCGUCAUUUUGACGAAAAAUUAGGAUCAACAUUUAUCAACAUAAUUGAUAGGAAGGCGAUUGCGGAUGCUAUAACUAGUGGCAAUAAGAACUUCAACUUGAGCAAACGGAAGAGAGAGUCAUCACCGUCUGUACGAGGACUGAAAAGAUCCAAAGUUGGAAAUCGCGCCGAUCGGAACAGCUUGGAUUCGAUAUCUAGUGCUUCGAGUGGUUCAAUGCCGAAAUCACCACGUCGCCAUCGGCGAGUCGUUGGCACCAUUGACUUACGAUCAAAGUCACGAUCAGGUAGCAUUAGUCCAGUAAGACGUGACGAUGGGAGUGCGUCCAAUCGAGAGAAGAAGAAACAAAUGUUGCCCACACCGAAGGAACUGGCUGCCCAGUCGGAUCACAUAGCUCGGGAAAGAUACAAAUGGGAAAAAUAUCGAUGUAUGGUCGAAUUGGCGAUGCCCGAGUUGGAUAAAGCACUUGAAGAGCACGAAAAAAAUCCCGAAAAGCAUCCACUCUACCCGACAGAAUGGAAGAAAUUUUGGAACAGGCGCUACAAAGAAUUGCAAGCGGAAAAAAAGGAUCCGAACAAGCACGACUUCAAGCCCGAAUGGAUCAUAUUUUGGACUCGUCGAUUGAAGGAGCUACACAACGAAAAUGUGGAAAAGAAGAAAGCUGAAAUUCGAAAGAAACUGAAUCUACCUGCGGACGGUAUCGAACGUACCGAUGAAUUGUUGGAACAAUAUACGUUGAAAUGUAAACGAUCUCCACCACGAAACGAUGAGCCCAAACGUCCGGCGAAACAACGAGUCCGUAAAUCACCAAGACCACGAUCGCGGUCACGUUCUCGAUCCAGAACAGCACGAUCGCGUUCCCGAUCGCGAGGAGUACGAUCACGUUCUAUCAGUCCCUUUGAUCAUCGCAGUCGCAGUCAUGGUUCUCGUCGAUCCAAGUCACAUUCCAGGCCUUCUGUUCGGUCUUCCCGACGUUCACCAUCGAGAUCACCUCCGCAUGGCUACCAUGACACCAGGGGCUAUGAUUAUUAUCGACAUGGCGGCACUCGAGAACCACUAGACGAAUGGGGUAGACCAAUAUACUAUGGUGGCCCGCGUUCGUCGUCCUAUUAUUAUAAACCACCACCACCAACUGAGACGCAUCAAGCUCCGGUUGAAGAAGUUGAAGACGAACCGCUAACCGUUGUCUCGGUUCUACGACUGCUAACUGCUUUAGAAGAAAAGUUGGGCAGCCUUGGUCCGAAAGUCAUUGAUCUGUUGGCUAAAGCGCUUGCAUUGGAAAAGGUCAAAGCGAAUUCUGCCGACGAUAUGCUCAUCAAUGAAGAUAAUUGUGUGAUUUUCGAAACUAUCAAAGAAAAGCUGAAAGGUCAAUUGAUUGCCGGUGUCAUCGAGCCGAACAAAAUAAACGCUGUGAAGAGAGCUGUGAAAAACGUUGCAGCCAUAAUCCAUUUAGUGAGUAAGAAAUCGAAAGAACAACCAUCCGAAGACGCAUCGAAAACAACUGUCGAAUCAAAGCCGGUAUUAGAACCAACUGCUUCAGCUUCUUCGCCCGCAGUAGAUCUCACAGAUAAGGCCACAAUUGCUAAGAAUAUUGCAGCCGCUUUGAUUAUGCAGGGAAAAACUGAUAUAACUUCGGAACAACUGGAAGAAUUGGUUCAAGUUUACACCCAAAUGGCACAAAAGGCGAAGGAAACCAAGGAAUCCGUAACCACCGCACAAUUUCUACAAGAGUCAGACCCAUUGCCAGACGAUGAAGACACGAACAAUUCAUCACCAGCGGAGUCGACGUCGUCUACUAGUAAAGAAAAUAUCGCCAUACCAAGUCCGGAAAAUGCGAAAGAAGAAACACCACCAGAAGAUGCAGAUGAUGCAGUUGAUGCGUCGAGCCUUCUAGAAAGUUUAACAGAUUCUGAUCUGCAAACUCUUCUACAGAAUUUUAAAGACCUAUCCACAGAGGAGCAGCAACAUUUAAUUGCUUAUCUGAAGAAAUUAGAAGCAUCAGAGCCGGCUCGAGUGGAGAAGUUGCGGAAAUUCGUUAACGUCGAUGUCACUAAGCCCGAUGACGAAGUGGUUACUGAAAAGACCGAAAAAGUAACUUUCUGUUCGUCUCGUGCAUCCAAACCGGUCAGUAGUAAACCACCAGCAGACAAUAUCUUUUUCGACGAUGAAGACGACCACCUUGCACCACCACCGAAACGUAUCGGCGAUUCAGAUGAAGAAGAUGAUUAUUCGUUCGAUGACGUUUUUCGUGCUGUUUCUAAGAAUGUGAAGGAAAAACCACAUCCGACUGCAGUAAAUGACGAGCAAAAUGAGGAGUCUGAUGCCAGCAGUACAGAGAGUACCAGUACACAAAAGUUGAGCCUAUCGAUUGCCGACACGCAAAAUUUAAUUGCAAAUCUAAUGGGAUCCUUCCAGAAAAACGUUAAAAACAUGACCUCAGCGCCUAGUGCCAACCACACUGCACCGGUUCAAACGGAGAAAUCAGUACCGUUUUAUCAACAACAAACUACAUACUAUGACGAAACGUCGAACGGAAUGCCAUCAUCGUCGGCUGCAACGAGCUUAUACGACACCAAUCAGGGCAGCUACAACAAUAUGCCCUAUUUCCAGCAAGGAUACGGUCAGAUGCCACCAAAUAAUCAACCAUAUCCGGUACAAUAUCCGAACAUGAAUCAAAAUCAGCCAGGCUUCGGCAAUCCGAUGAUGCAAGGUAAUCCGAUGGAUGGUCAGCAACAGUCGAUGUGGAACAACAAUCAACGUAUGAAUUCCAUGGUGCCGCAUCAAGUACAGCAACGUAAUAACAACAAAAAUCGUCAACAAUCUGGACAGCAACAGCGUAAUAAUCAGCAGCGAUUCAAAAAGCGUUAAUGAAUUCGAUGAAUUAUUUUUUUCUUUUUAUUGUGAGAGAUGUUUUUUACAAAUUCUGUCAAGUUUCAAAUGCUGCAGAUUAAUAGAAUUGCCAUCCCAA